GCCACGCAGAAAGUCACGAGGGGGUGAAGCGCUUUAAAACGAGCACCUGCCGGUUCACGAGCUCCAAUGUGAGCAAGAUAGUGCCUGUUUAAAGGAGAAGAGAAAGACAAGAAGAAGACUCAUUUACCGGUGUUUCAGCCAGGACGGCUUAGAUCACACGAGUAGCAAUCGGUUUUUUUGGUCGUCUCUUAGACUACAGGACUUGUUGAAACACGUAGUUUUAUUCUUCGCUGAAAUUUCUACAAGAGAUGACAAGAGAACUAACGCAGAACAGGAUCCAAAAGAUCUGGGUUCCAUCCAAGGAUGAGAAACCCGCAACUCCUCGUAAAUCUGGUGGAGGUCCCCGUCUGGCUAACUCCCCGUUAGUCAUAGUGAUGGUUGGUCUACCGGCCAGAGGCAAAACAUACAUGUCUAGGAAACUCACUCGCUACCUCAACUGGAUCGGCAUCCCUACCAAAGUCUUUAACGUUGGUGAAUAUCGCAGAGAGACCGUAAAGAACUACAGCUCAUACGACUUCUUCAAAUCGGACAACAAGGAAGCAGUCAAAAUAAGAGAGCAAUGUGCCGUAUCUGCUCUCCAAGAUGUCAAGAGGUACCUCACUGAGCUGGGCGGUCAAGUUGCAGUUUUCGAUGCCACAAACACCACCAGAGAAAGAAGAGACAUGAUCCUGGAGUUUGGUGCUGAGAAUAGCUUCAAGAUCUUCUUCAUCGAGUCUGUAUGUGAUGACCCAAAUGUCAUUGCAACCAACAUCAUGGAAGUGAAGGUCUCCUGUCCUGACUACCAAGACUGCAACAAAACGGACGCCGUAGAAGAUUUUCAGAAGAGGAUCGAGUGUUACAGGGCAAACUAUCAGCCUCUGGAUCCUGAUGAUUAUGACAGGAACUUGUCCUUCAUCAAGGUAAUCGAUGUGGGCCGCAGAUUCCUAGUGAACUGCAUCCAGGAUCAUAUCCAGAGCCGCAUCGUUUACUACCUAAUGAACAUCCACGUCCAGCCACGCUCUAUCUACCUGUGUAGACAUGGCGAGAGUCAGCACAACCUGCAGGGCCGCCUGGGAGGAGACUCCGGUCUCUCUACACGUGGUAGAAAGUUUGCUGGAGCUCUUUCCAAAUUUGUCACAGAGCAGAAUCUUAAGAACCUGAAGGUAUGGACAAGCCAGCUAAGACGAAGCAUUCAGACUGCCGAGGCGCUGAACGUCCCGUACGAGCAGUGGAAAGCCCUGAACGAGAUCGAUGCAGGUGUGUGUGAAGAAAUGACCUAUGAAGAAAUGCGGGAGCGAUACCCAGAUGAGUUCGCUCUCAGAGACCAGGACAAGUAUUAUUACCGCUACCCCAGUGGGGAGUCCUACCAGGACCUGGUGCAGCGGGUAGAGCCGGUGAUCAUGGAGCUUGAGAGGCAGGAGAAUGUUCUAGUCAUCUGCCACCAAGCCGUCAUGCGCUGCCUCCUUGCCUACUUUCUAGACAAGAGUGCUGAUGAGAUGCCGUACCUAAAGUGUCCACUCCACACCAUAUUGAAGCUGACUCCAGUGGCUUAUGGGUGUAAAGUAGAGUCCAUCUCAUUAAACGUUGAAGCAGUAAACACACACCGGGACAGACCUGAGGAGAUAAAGGGAAGUCAAGGCACUCUAAUUAGGAGAAACAGCGUGACUCCUCUCACGAGUCAUGAACCCACUAAGAAGCCUCGUAUCGAUAGCCUGGACGACACGGCCAUCCCUGAACUCACUCCAGCACCAAUGAGCUUCUGUGCCAGUGCAAACAACUCCCUUGCACUGUCCACACAGCACUGGCUUGGCCAAGCUUGUCUACGCACCGUGUUCCACUACCUGACAGUCGUAUCCGUGUUGCUGUUUCAGAGGACCUAAAACAUCACAUCCCAGAAAAACUCGCCCAGCUCUGUCAGUGAGAUGGAUGACUUUGCAUGAUUUUGCUUUGACCACAUUCUGAUGGGAAUUAACAGGAACUUGCAGUGUAGGACAAUUUGAGCCUGUUCAUGCAAGGACAAGGACAAAAAAUGGGCACUGAGGGUCUUUUACACUCAAAGGGGAAUUAUGAAGCACCUGUGUGUGUAUGUUUGUGUGUAUGUUUGUGUGUGUGUGUGUGCUUUUUUUUCCAAAGCACUCUAUGCCUCAUGUAAUGCCACAGAUACAAAGUUCUUUACAUAUCUUUUUUUGUCUUAUGAUGUGUUAUGAAUUCCUGAAUACUGCUGCUGGCUUUGGGAAACCUAAUUUGUUAUUAAUGUUAGUUUUAGUUGUCUUCGACAAAUAUCUGUUUAAUAAUGCAGGAACAUUUCUUUGAUGAAAGAGGUGUACGUACGAUGUCAUUAUGCGUGUUAUUAGUUGCUAACUGGAAUCUGUUUGUCUUGACAGGGUAUUUAUGAUUGUUUAUUGCAAUGAAAAGGGUGAUUUUCCUUUUUACUUGAUGUGUGACUGAACAAAUUCCGUAGAGUGCCUAGUGCUUUGGCUUUCGGGCCGGCAAUGCUUUCCGGGACUAAUGAUCGAAGAUCAUACUAUUACACUAUGUUUCUUAGGAGGAAGAAGUGUCACAUAUUUUAUUUCCAUAUGCAGUUCAUCUAAACCAAAUGUUUACUGCUUGAAUUCCAAGGAUUUCUCUAUAUAUUUCGUAGGCAAAAACAAGCUUUACUAUUUACUAUGUCAGGCAAGUAUUAUUUAUAGAAUUUAGUGAAGAUUUCAAUGCACUUUCAGGAGCCGUGGUUGGGCUCAAAUGCUAGUUAUGUGAACAUAACACAAAGUCGGUGCAAUGUAUUUUAUUGCUCCUAACUGUAGUAAGAGGUACUAUUUUCUGUUUGCUUUAAACUUGAAAACUGUAUUUUGUAAUGCUGUAUUUUUUUUCUGUUAAUCUAUUUAUUUUAUUUUAUUUUUUUCCAAAGUACAACCUGCAUUUGUAUUUUGAGUAUAAAGCACCCUGUUGAUAUUAUUGCCACACUUACAUUUCCCUUUAACACGAAAGGUUUAGAAAAAAACGUAUUUGCUAGACCAAUAAAUAACCUGAAGGAAA